AUGGGAGGGGAGACUUUGCUACAUCAAGCAUCAGCUCCACAAUUUUUCAAUAGUCUGCAGAUGUAUGUCUUAUUGCUACAACUAGAACACGAAUGGGAGCCGUAUCCUCAUAGUUCUGUAAUUCCAAAAGGACCAUUUUGUCAUGUGAAAUUCCCCGUUUCAGUGCCACCGGCGGUAUCACGCGGUACUCCGUCGGCUGUCGAGGUCCGGGAAGGUCAUAAUGUGACGUUGACGUGUAAAGCGGAAGGGAAUCCAAUGCCCACGGUGGUCUGGCGUCGUCAGGACAAACAAAUCAUCCGAUACAACGGAGCCACCGGAUUUGGAGCCAGUGUCUUCCAUGGUCCAAGCCUCCAUCUGACAAAAGUCAAUCGGAAACAUAUGAGCGAAUACGUCUGUGUUGCCAGUAAUGGAAUUCCACCCGACGAAACGUGGACCGUAAAACUACUUGUCACAUUCGCUCCACUGAUCCAAGCCAAGUCAGCGUCCGUUCGUGUCCCCGUGGGUGGUUUGGCCCGUCUUGUCUGUACGGCUGAAUCGUGGCCAAGACCCGACGUCACUUGGGACAAGGAAGGGCAACAAAUCUUCGAUUCGGAUAACUAUGCUACGUCUCAAACUGUCUCUGGCCAAUAUCACAGCGUUCACGUUCUUGAAAUUCGACGUGUCGAAAAACAUCAUUACGGAAGUUACCGGUGUACCGCUCGGAAUGAUAAUGGCAUACACUUUGCCGACAUCGACCUCGAAGGUUCUGGUUUAGUGAACGAUAGUGAUGACGAGGAUUCAGAUAAAGAAGAGCCUCGAAACGAAGUCAUUUCACGCGAUUUCACCUACGCGCGUGCAAUCGAUACGCAACCUGUUCGAUCAAUAUCCUCGUCAAUUCGCACCCGCACCACACCUCGUUCUGCUGAAGGCACGUGUUUUUAA